GGCUGAUGUGUGGCGCCCGCGCGCAGUGAGAGGAGGAAGGGGCAAGGCGUUUAAAAAAAAAAGUGAUGCAAUACCAUCACUUGAGAAAGGCUUCUGUGCCUCGUAACUCCGUUUUGCUCCCACAAUUGCGCUUAGCGUUAAUAUGUAGAGGUGUGUUGCUCGCCCCCUCCUGCGUUGCAAACCCGUCACGCUCAAAUUCCCUGAAGCAGCAUUUAAUGUAUAUAUUUUUGUCUCUAUGCACAUAUGCGCCUCCUGAAUAAGCGGGAGGAGGGAUGUCUUUCACUUUGUAGCUUUAAGAACCCAGGCCCUUUGACAAUGAGCUGAUGUGUCAUGUUGGGGAAGAGGAAUCUUAUUUUUUAUAAGAUAAUAAUUAAAGGAAAUUGUAGCACUCAAAAAAAAAAAAAAGGAACGCCACAGUUUUUUUAGGAAUCUGAAUUUCUGUCGAAGGAAUGUAAUCAUGAAAUCAGUACAUUUCUUGUAAAUAUACUGAGGCAAUGUUCAGGUUUUUGUGGGGGCUGUGACAAGGGUGUUCCUGCUUCCUUCCUCAUUGUGCUUAAGGAAACCGUUCCAGUCACAAUAUCAUUAAUCUUCCUUGCUGCCUUGCAUUGUAUGUGUUUGUGUGUGAGAGAGACCCAUGGAAGCUCAAGCCAUUUUCUCAGCCAAAUUUCUGAAACCAGUGCCCACCGAUUGUAGUGAAGUCAGUUGCUCUGCAAGCUUCAUCAACUCACCCCUUUGCUUUUAAAAUUGGAUUUCUACACCAUGACAGAGGCAGUUAUGCACCUCGGCAUUCAGAUCAACCAUAAUAGUUCUCGUCAUAAGACUUGCUGGAUCAGUCCAAAGGCCCACUUAGUCCAGCAUCCUCUUCUCCCAGUGGCCCAUGGGAAGCAAUGUCUAUGGGAAGCCCUCAAACUGGACUUGAAUGCUUGUACACAGCACUGGUAUCAGAAGUAUAAUUUGGCCUUUGGUGGAUUAAUUUAUGGUAUCCAAGUGGAGGUAACUUGUGCAGGGUUCCAUAUGAGAAAAGGUAUGUGAGUGACUGCUCUCCCAAAUAAAUGAGCUACUUAGAAAUCAGUUGCUUAGUUUUGCCUCUCUGAAUAGGUUAUAGGGCCUCAUGUCUGGGAAAAAGUUCACCUGCCAUAUUAUAUUUCAGAGGAAUUUGCCAUGUGUGCACUUGAUAAAUUAUAUAUUGCUAUGUGGAGAUUAUUGGCUCUACUCAUGUAACCAGGCUAAAUGCUUUAUCAUAGAGCAGAUGGCAGCUUGUUUUUUUUAAUUUUAACCCAUUUGUCUGCAGUAGGUUCUUUCAGUAAUGUUCCUUUUUUAUCAGGAUGAGACUUGGAAAGGAUAUAAGUUAUAUCUGCUGGGUACAGACUACUAAAUCACAUUUUGACUGGAAAAACAUAAUAGUUAUUACUAAAAUCUUCACAAAGGCAUAACCAGGCAUUUUAGGUAUGAUGUUUUGCACCUUGUAAGUCCAAGUCCAUUUAUCAUAAGGCUCCUGGAAAGCUCUCAGUGAAUACUGAUGUACUGUAUAUAGUGGUGUGCCCUAUAGAUCACUGGGAGCCAAAAUGCAAGUUUAUUUCAAGAUUCAACUUACAACAAGAGGAUUCAAAAUUUAUUUGCAGUAAAACAUGUUGAAAUUGUUGAUGAUGAUUGAUCAUCUGUCACAGAGGAAAAUGGGAUCAUAUACUUAAUUUUAGUGUUUUGCUAAAGGCUGACAACAAUGAAACAAACUGUGACUCUGAUCUGUUUAGAAACCUUUCUUAGCUUUGCCUGAAGCAAAUAGAAAUUGUAGCUUUUGUGCUGCUUGAACUGAUAGGUCACUAUGUUUCCUUCUUCUAAAGAUUAACUUUAUGAUGGAAUACCUCAUUUUGCAGCUAUGCAAAAAAACACACAUCUCCAUUGUACUGUCCAGGAAGAAGUAAAGAAUACUGCUGUGUUUCUCUAUUUGUGGUGGUGUUCCAGUUCUGUUGUUUUUGCCCAUUUCUGAUUCUGGUGCCUACAUGGCAUGCAGGCAUGCACCUGUAGCUUCAUCUAAAUGGCAUAGGGGUCCGAUAGUUGCAAAACUGAAAAAUAAUGUUAAGGUUCCAUUUGUGGGUAUAUGAUGAGAAUUAUUCUAACAGAUUAAAGAUGUGGGAGAAAUUAUAGCUUUGUUCAGACUUGGAUGUUUUCCUGUGAUGAGUCUGUAAGGGUCUGGGACUGGUGGUGGGACUGAUCCUUACCUGUUUGCAAUACUACAUUCUUUCUCUAAAUCUUUAUAGUGGUGGUCAGUUACUCUGGACCUGAAGCUUUCAUUAUUAAGCAGUAUAUUCUGGGAUACCAUCUGUAUAUAAGCUUCGGUUACCUGCAUCUCCUUGUUAUCCAAAACAGUUGCAGUCCCUAAUGCGUGACUCAUUACAUCGAAAAUUCCCUCAAGUAUGCAGUUUUAUUCAAUGUUUCUUCCCUGUGUUACUUCUAUAACUAUAGAACAAUCUCAAUUACACCCUUCACAGGUGUGGUCCAAAUAAUGACUGUUUGUUUAAGCCCUUUGAGAGUUUAGAUCUAAAACAUCAUAGACGUGUGAGGCUAAACCACUAUUUCUGACUUACAGAUAUGAAAUACUGAAGAAAUAUUAUAAAGCUUUAUUAUUUAAAAAUCUGAUUAAAUUACAAUAAUUUAAAAUGGCUGGUUGGCUGUCUAGGGAGCUGCUCUGUGGAGUAUAAAGUGUAGAUUUGUGCCAUGACAGCACUCUCUUUUGCCUUGGUAUGAUUAUUGCUGUCUAGGCAUACAAAAAGCAAGUUGGGGACAUGAGUGUCUCUGUGGUCUGAAUCACUGAGCCUCUUGGGCUUGCUGAUUGGAAGGCCGGCAGUUUGAAUCUGUGUGACAGGGUGAGCUCCUGUUGCUCUGUCCCAGCUUCUGUCAACCUAACAGUUUGAAAGCAUACCAGUGCAAGUAGAUAAAUAGGGACCGCUGUGGCAAGAAGGUAAACGGCAUUUCCAUGCACUCUGGUACUCGUCAUGGUGUCCUGCUGUGCCAGAAGCAGUUUAGUCAUGCUGGCCACAUGACCCGGAAAGCUGUCUGUGGACAAACACCGCCUCCCUACCUGAAAAGCGAGAUGAGCGCUACACCCCAUAGUUGCCUUUGACUGGACUUAACCAUCCAGGGGUCCUUUACCUUUAUCUUACAAUAAGCUAGUUGUGCCUUGUUAUUUCCCAUGGUGGGGCUUAAACUGACCCCCUGUAUCUAGGUGCUCCUGUAAGAAGUUAUAUGUGGUUUCCCUUAUUGCCUGUCCUAGUCCUUCCCUUUCCCUAUCUGGCAUAAUCUUGAAUCCAUGUUCACUUGUCUUCUCUUUAGGUGCUAUAUUGAAAUAUCUGCCCUCCCUUUCCUUUGUAUUGUGCAUUCUCUGUGUAUGCUUGGAGUCUGACAUGCUGAAUCUUCUUGUAGCUCUUGCUGUGGAACCCUACUGAAGUGCCUUCUGUAUAUAUACUGCUGCAUGCCACCCCAAUCUGAGCAGUGCAAGAGUCCAGCUGCUUACCCAGGGUUUGCUUCCUUAGAAUGAAAGACAGUGGAGACUGUGGUGUCUUUAUGAUAUAUGGUUUAAUUACACAUAUCUACCAUUAACACCCCAAAAAGGUAUUGUUUCUCCCAUAGUCGCAGCCUUGGGUUCAAGUAGAAAUCAAGCAUGACUCUGUCUCUCAGCUGCCUAGCCUGCUUUCAGCUUCUAGCUCAACUCUGGCAUUUGUCUUUCUAACUAAUAGACAGUUGAGGGAGGGGGGAACCACCCAUUUGACCUCUUCCUUUGUUACCUUAACAACCUAUUCUUGACCAUUACCAAUAAACUUGCCUGGCUGUUCCAGCAAAGGAAUUCUUUUUGGAUCCAGGAAUUAGAAGGGACUCGGGCAUACAGCUUCCCACCUCUCCCUGCAAAAACUCACAACAGUAUGCACAGGAUUGUGCUGCUAGUCUGUGAGUAUUAGUCAGACUGAAUAAUUGUGCACCAACAAACAAGUGGUACAAUUCCAGGAGCGCUCCCGUGUGGAUAUUUUUAAUAUAUUUGGCUCUGAAUUGCAUUGCAAUCAAAUGUGGAGGAUAGGGUGGGGGUUGAUAUAUUUCUGUUAUAAAGGAUUUGGUGCUUUUUCCAAGUGAAGGCUCUAGAGUGCCUUUAUGACAAAUGACUAGAAUAUUUUUAAUAACUCUUGAAUCAUGCAACUGUUUAAAUUGCUAUAUAAUUGCAUUAUGCCCAGGACUGAAACUCAGCAGAGCUUUAUACUAAUUAGCUGGGAACAGUUUCAGGUGCUGCUAUUGCUGCCAGCUCAGUAGAAAACUGUCUGUUAAUUAUAGUGAGAUCAGCAUUCAACCUUUUCUAAGGUACAAACACAAAGUGCAAGUUGUCAAACUAGUUAUGGUGUUUCAAAAAAUAAAAAAUAAAACAGUAUUUCCAAGAAUCACUUGCCUCUAAUUCAUGUAAUACAAACUAUUUUGGUAAUAAUGGAAAAUAUAUUAAAAUAAAUCCUUAGAAUGGUUUGAUUUUCUGUUUUACGUCUUUGAGGACACAAGCACUGUCACAUGAUGCAAGUUACAGAAGCAAAACAAUAAAGCUAGAGAUACACACAGAUAACUGCAUCUUUCCUGGAUAAUUUUAGAAUAUACAGUGGUACCUCGGGUUACAGAUGCUUCAGGUUAAAGACACUUCAGGUUACAGACUCCGCUAACCCAGAAAUAGUACCUUGGGUUAAGAACUUUGCUUCAGGAUGAGAACAGAAAUCGUGCGGCGACAGCAGUGGGAGGCCCCAUUAGCUAAAGUGGUACCUCAGGUUAAGAACAGUUUCAGGUUAAGAACGGACCUCCAGAACAAAUUAAGUUCUUAACCCGAGGUACCACUAUAUAUGUUCAAUGCUGUUUGAGGGGUGCAGUUUACAUAACUAAUUUAAUUAAAUUUUAAUAGGAAAAAUUAAAAUGCAUUAGUACAGAGAUGCAGACAUAUCUAUUUUCCUUGGAACAGAACAAUCCUAAUCUACUCAUAAUCAGUGCGGUAUGUGCAAAAUAUAGUAGUGUCCUAUGCUUUGAUUCUUUCUGGGUAUGAAAGUCUCCAAGUGUAACUGCACUCAUUUAGUUCCACUAUGCCAGAGAAUUUGAACAGUGCACAUUCUAUCUGAAUUCAUGGAUGCACUUGUGAGAAGCAUGGUAUUGAAGUGCAAUGAAACCUGAAAAAGUGUGAAUGGUUGUAUAUUUUAAGCCACUUCUGUACCAAUUCUUUACAUCCUGUCAAUGGAUAAGUAUUUUAUUGGGCAUGGCCUUUUCUUGCUCCCCACUCCCAAAAACAUUCCAUGUUUGGGGUGAUAAUGUCUCAAUAUUGUAUCUACACUUUAGUUGAAACUGUUAAUGAGUUAAUUUUUUUCAUUUCCAGAUAUACCUGGCCCUGAAUUAUUAUCUGUAAACUAGUAUUUCUUAAAUCAUAUCAAUUUCACUUUCAAAAAAAGUUAAGUUUUGCCAGAAUCUGGUAAUUGUUGUUGGACGCUUUGAAAAGCUUGCCAGCUUUGAAAACUUUCGCUCCUUAAACUUUAAAAGAGGUUUAAAAUCAGUAUUUUAAUUCUUUAGCUUUAAAGUUAGUAGUAAACAAUGGGAAUCAGUAUGUUACUUUCAGGCUAAUAAAUCGUUAGUGGGAGUAUGACAAUUGUUAAGUAUUAAGCAAUAAUAUGUACUAUUUGAAGACGUCCUGCUGUCUUCAAUGAUGAUUUUUAACCACCUGAUGAAGUAGGAGCUUAAAAAUAUGUUAUGUACUGAAGUUCUCACCCUGGGCCAGCAGGGGGAUACUGUAGAUAGUUUUCACUCAGGUCCACAUAAGAUCCAAGAUGUAACUGAACGACUGCAAGGAAUCAUAAAACCCACUGACAAAUACCCCUUCCUCUUGGUUCAUGUGGGAACCAAUGGCACUGCAAGCAAUAGCCUCCAGAAGAUCAAAAGAGACUACGAGGCUCUGGGCAGGAAGUUGAAGCAAUUAAAUGCACAAAUUGUCAUCUCAUCUGUCCUCCCAGUUGAACGACGUGGCCCAGGGAGAGAGGGAAAAAUAGCGGAAGUGAACAGCUGGCCUCGCAAAUGGUGUAAACAGGAACGGUUUGGAUUCUUAGAUCACGGACUGCAGUUUCUUGAAGAUGGACUUCUGGCAAGCGAUGGGCUGCACCUCACAACGGUUGGGAGAAAUGUUUUUGCCAAAAAUCUCAGAAACCUCAUCAGGAGGGCUUUAAACUGACUAAUGUGGGGAGGGAGACAGUGCUCCUGAAGGUAGGAGUCUAUCAAUUGAUGAAGAUGAUCAUCCAAAUGUCAUAGACCAAAUGGAGCAAACAGCACGCAGACCUAGUGGUGGGAGGAAAAAAUCCUUAAAUAAGAGACACGGGGGAAAUGAUUAAUGGACUUCAAUGUCUAUACACUAAUGCGCAAAGCAUGGGAAAUAAACAAGAUGAGCUUGAGCUCUUGGUACAGCAAACUAAAUAUGACAUAAUAGGCAUCACUGAAACCUGGUGGGAUAAGUCCCACGAUUGGAAUGUAAUAAUGGGGGGAUACAAUCUAUUUCAGAGAAACAGACCAGACAAGAAAGGAGGAGGUGUGGCGUUAUAUGUCAGGGAUGUGUAUACCUGUGAAGAGAUCCAAGAUUUAGAACCUCAAAGCCAAAGUGAGAGCAUUUGGGUCAAAAUUAAGGGAGAGAAGAAUAACAGUGACCUCAUUGUGGGAGUUUACUAUAGAUCCCCAAGCCAAACGGAGGACAUAGAUGAUGCCUUCCUGGAACAGAUGGCCAAGCAUGCAAAAGGAAGGGAGAUAGUAGUAAUGGGGGACUUCAAUUACCCGGAUAUUUGUUGGAUGUCAAACUCAGCCAAGAGCAUAAGGUCAAACAGAUUCCUCACUGGCCUUGCAGACAACUUCAUUGUCCAGAAAGUGGGAGAAGCAACAAGAGGAACAGCCAUUUUAGAUCUGGUCCUAACCAAUGUUGAUGACCUGGUUAGUGGGGUAGAAGUGGAAGGAUCAUUAGGCGCGAGUGAUCAUGCUCUUCUGAAGUUUACUAUACAGCGGAAAGAAGCAGCCAAGCAUACUAGGACUCAAUUUCUUGACUUUAAGAAAGCCGACUUCAUAAAACUUAGGGAAGUGCUGGGUGAGAUCCCAUGGACAGUACUACUAAAAGGAAAGGGAGUUCAUGAUGGCUGGGAGUUUGUUAAGAGGGAGAUACUAAAAGCACAACGUCAGGCAAUACCAAUGAGACGGAAACAUGGAAGGUGCCUAAAGAAGCCAGGGUGGCUAUCUAAAGAACUUUUAACUGAGUUAAGAUUAAAAAGGAUGUGUACAAAAAAUGGAAAAGGGGGGAAACCACCAAAGAGGAAUUCAAACAAAUAGCCAGCACGUGUAGACACAAAGUCAGAAAAGCUAAAGCACAGAAUGAACUCAGGCUUGCUAGAGAGGUUAGAAGCAACAAAAAAGGCUUUUAUGGGUAUGUUCGUAGCAAAAGGAAGAACAAAGAAACAGUGGGGUCACUCAGAGGAGAAGAUGGUGAAAUGCAAACAGGGGACACAGAAAGGGCUGAACUCCUCAAUGCCUUCUUUGCCUCAGUCUUCUCCGAUAAAGAAAACAAUGCCCGACCUGAAGAAUUUGGAGCAAAUGAUUCAGCAAAGGAAACACAGCCCAGAAUAACAAAGGAGAUAGUAUAAGAAUGCUUGGCUAGUUUAGAUGUAUUCAAGUCUCCAGGGCCAGAUGAACUGCAUCCAAGAGUAUUAAAAGAACUGGCAGAUGUGAUCUCAGAACCACUGGCAGUCAUCUUUGAGAAUUCCUGGAGAACAGGCGAAGUCCCGGCAGACUGGAGGAGGGCAAAUGUUGUCCCUAUUUUCAAAAAGGGGAAAAGAGAGGACCCAAAUAAUUACCGCCCAGUCAGUCUGACAUCAAUACCAGGGAAGAUUCUGGAGCAGAUCAUUAAGCAAACAGUCUGUGAGCACCUAGAAAGGAAUGCUGUGAUCACCAAUAGUCAGCAUGGAUUUCUGAAAAAUAAGUCAUGUCAGACUAACCUGAUCUCGUUUUUGACAGAAUUACAAGCCUGGUAGAUGAAGGGAACGCAGUGGAUGUAGCCUACCUUGAUUUCAGCAAGGCAUUUGACAAGGUGCCCCAUGAUAUUCUUGUAAAGAAGCUGGUAAAAUGCGGUCUUGACUAUGCUACCACUCAGUGGAUUUGUAACUGGCUGACUGGACCGAACCCAAAGGGUGCUCAUCAAUGGUUCCUCUUCAUCCUGGAGAAGAGUGACUAGUGGGGUGCCCCAGGGUUCUGUCUUGGGCCCGGUCUUAUUCAACAUCUUUAUCAACGACUUGGAUGAUGGACUCAAGGGCAUCCUGAUCAAAUUUGCAGAUGACACCAAACUGGGAGAGGUGGCUAACACCCCAGAGGACAGGAUCACACUUCAAAACGACCUUGACAGAUUAGAGAACUGGGCCAAAACAAACAAGAUGAAUUUUAACAGGGAGAAAUGUAAAGUAUUGCACUUGGGCAAAAAAAUGAGAGGCACAAAUACAAGAUGGGGACACCUGGCUUGAGAGCAGUACAUGUGAAAAGGAUCUAGGAGUCUUGGUUGACCACAAACUUGACAUGAGCCAACAGUGUGACGCGGCAGCUAAAAAAGCCAAUGCAAUUCUGGGCUGCAUCAAUAGGAGUAUAGCAUCUAGAUCAAGGGAAGUAAUAGUGCCAUUGUAUUCUGCUCUGGUCAGACCUCACCUGGAGUACUGUGUCCAGUUCUGGGCACCACAGUUCAAGAAGGACACUGACAAACUGGAACGUGUCCAGAGGAGGGCAACCAAAAUGGUCAAAGGCCUGGAAACGAUGCCUUAUGAGGAACGGCUAAGGGAGCUGGGCAUGUUUAGCCUGGAGAAGAGGAGGUUAAGGGGUGAUAUGAUAGCCAUGUUCAAAUAUAUAAAAGGAUGUCACAUAGAGGAGGGAGAAAGGUUGUUUUCUGCUGCUCCAGAGAAGCGGACACGGAGCAAUGGAUCCAAACUACAAGAAAGAAGAUUCCACCUAAACAUUAGGAAGAACUUCCUGACAGUAAGAGCUGUUCGACAGUGGAAUUUGCUGCCAAGGAGUGUGGUGGAGUCUCCUUCUUUGGAGGUCUUUAAGCAGAGGCUUGACAACCAUAUGUCAGGAGUGCUCUGAUGGUGUUUCCUGCUUGGCAGGGGGUUGGACUCGAUGGCCCUUGUGGUCUCUUCCAACUCUAUGAUUCUAUGAUUCUAUGAUUCUAUGAUUCUAUGACAUAUGCAAAUAAGGGAUUGAAAGUGACGUUCAGUGAUUGGAUAGUUACAGAAAGUUGUUACAGUUGUGUUGUAGUGGAGCUCUAUAUAAGCAGGCUGGCUGAACCCUUCAGUUCAGUUCUGUUCUGGCCUGAGAAUAAACAAGAGCUCUUUGAAGAAUCGCUGUGUUGUCUGAUAUGUUCACCCACAAAAUAUAUACUGCACACAAAUAUAUUCUGAAAAUAAAAAGAUAUAGAGCAGGAAACAAGAAGUCAUGCAGUUAAUGGAAGAGAUAAGAUCAGAUUUAGAAGAGGAGGGAAGAGAGAAAGUAAAGAUUUUUUUAAAAAAGUACAAAGAGCUAUUAAUAUCUCAAAUGAAUAAUCAUGCACUAAAAAUUAACUUUAUUUUUUUUAGAAGCAUUCAAAAUGGCUCUGAGACAAUAGUUAGGUCUAUGGAGAUAAACAGAUUAUCUCCAAAUUUUACCAUAUGGGGAAUACACAGGCUUCUUUAUUAGUACAGUUUGUAGUGCCAGAUUGGAACACAGCAAAAGGCCAAGUUGGGGAAAUCUUACUUUGUGCAUCUCUGGACAUCUGAGUUAUUGGAACUGCUGCCUUCAGUGAACAGCAGUUUCUGCUGUUCUACUCACUGUUGCUGCUUCCACAGCUAGUAUACCCCCUCAACAUUUUCAAAGGCAAAGGGCCCAGUCAGGAGCCUACUCCCAGGUUCUAUAUUCCUGGGACACCUCUGGAUCAGAGACAUGCAGCUGUUCUCAGAGCACUGUCUUGUGCUUCUGCUACUCCCCUGCCCCAUAACAGGCCUUUGGACCAUAAAAAGAUAAAUUUCUGUCUUCAUUUUGAAAUCUACCUCUUCUUCCAAACUAACAUUAGCAAGAGAGUUCCAACCCCAUGGUGAUGAAUGUUAGGAUAUUUCCGUUCCACCUUAAAAGGGAGCAGGCUUUGUGAGUCAGAGUCUGCGUAUUUCCUGUUCACAGGAUGUUUAUGUUUUCUGUUGCUUUCGUUUUCUCUCUGGUGUCGCAGACACUAAAGCAGUCAGUCAUGUUUUUCUGUGUUCUGAUCAACGCUGAAUAAACUUGUAAAUAAUGCUCUCCUGACUGCAACUUUUGGCUGUGCAUUAUCUGCUGAUACAGUGUGCAUGAGCUCUGGAAUGUGGCAAGAAAUCUUCUAGAAACUCAUGUCGCUAAUUGUUGAUACUGCGUGACUACGGGAGGUCGAUGGAUCGUCCGGCAGCUGGCUUGGGGGCCAUGAUGGACUUUAUCUCCCUGGCAGUAUCCCAACAACAGGUUUCGGGCCCAGAUUCACGGCACUUACAGGAGAGUAAGACUGCGACAGACUGCUGAAAGGUAUGUGGAGGAAAAGCGAAAGUAAGGCUUUUCUGUUUGCCGCUGCAAGGGCCUUUGAACUCCGGCAGAUUAAUGGAUCUGGGAGCCGCGCCAAAGGCGCCAAAGGCCUCAAGAUUUAUGAGCUGCCGAGAUAAGACAUCUCUGAAGUGAAUAAGAACUUUUUAAAGACUCACGGCUCAAAUAAAAAGCUGGAAUGGAGUUUUUCCAGGCUUCUGAGGCUGAGUGCCCAAAGUUAAAUCGGCACAAUUAUGGGACCUGGGCUGUGUGGUGUGAGAGCUUGCUGCGUCAGUUUGGAGUGUGGCAUACUGUGUCUGAAGCCCCUCCAGUUCCUCUGACAGAUAGAUGGGAGGCCGAGAAUUUGAGGGCGAUAGACGUAAUCGUCUUGUCCGUCUCUCUGGAGGAAAUAAAGACGCUAGCUGGCAAUCUGACUGCACGUAAUAUGUGGCAUGCUUUGAAGAUAGCCCAUCUGCCAGUCAUCCCAGCCCAGAGUUUGACUGCAUCGGAGGUCCUGGCUGUUUCCCAGAAUGCGAGUGAAUGCAGGGAUGCCGAGGGCACCGGUUGCAAGCUGCAGGGGGAGCUGACUGUCACGUCAUCCCAGGCAGCAUUCCAGCCUCCAGGGGGAGCCAAGGAGUUGGCAGCUGAGAGCUCUGUUUCUCGUGGGAGCCAAGGUCAUCGCCUUUGCAGAGGCCGGAAGGGCAAAGGUAAACAGAGGCAGACGCCUGCAGAUGGCCAGAAGCAGAGGGAGGGUGAAGAGCCCACGCCAGUGGAAAACAAGGUUUUGUUUACUGGCACAGCUUCACCAAAGGCUAAAGGCAAGUCUGAUGGCCAGGAGCAGGGGGGCAAGCUGCAAAAGCCCACGCCGGUGGAAAACAAGGUUUUGCUUGCUGCAAAGACUGCUCCAAAGGUCACAGCCAGGUUUGUUGUUGAUUCAGGCUGUACCCGCCAUGUCUCAAAGGACCGCCACCUCUUUAUCUCCUUCAAACCUCAAGAAGGUGAGAUCCACCUGGCUGAUGGAAAGACUUUGCGAAUUGCGGGAAAAGGGACUGUGAAACUGGCAAGUCUGCACACGACCAUCAAAGAUGUACUGUAUGUUCCAGGCGCUGCAGACAAUUUGCUCAGUGUCCCACAGCUGACUGGGCGUGGUUUUGAGAUUUCAUUCAAGAGGAGCGUCUGUGUCAUCAGAAAAGGCAAAGAGGACAUUUUGCAUGCAAAGUUUAUGGAUGGCUUGUUCUGUAUAACUUAUGAUGACAAUGGUGCUGUUGUGUCUAAUGCUGAUUCUUGUUGUGUUGCACAAACUAACAAAGUUCUUCAUGCAGGAUGCAUUCAUGAUGCACACAGAAGAUUUUGUCACAUGUCUUGGCAGGCGCUGGCCAAGAUGCCAGAGAUGGUUGAGGGUUUGAACAUCAAACCCUGUAAGUUUCACAUGAAAUGUGUAUCUUGUGCAGAGAACAAGGUGAAGGUUGCUCCAAAAGGCAAGGAGUCUAGCAGGCAGGCUUCCAAACCCUACCAGCUAGUGCACGCAGACCUGGUUGGUCCACUUGCGCCCUCUUUGGGUGGAGCAAGGUACUUCAUGGUUCUAAUUGAUUCUUUUUCCAGGUACAUUCAUGUGUUUAUGCUCGAGCAGAAAUCGCAAGCGUUUCCUAAGUUCAAGGCAUUCUGUGCUUGGUUGGAGAAUGUUCACGGUAAACGUAUUGGCUGUCUGUUUACUGAUCGAGGCGGGAGUUCACUUCUCAGCAGUUUGAAGCUUUCCUGACUGAGAAGGGAAUCCAGCAUGACUUGUCAACGCCUAGAUCGCCAUGGAUGAAUGGGCUUGCGGAGCGAGCAAAUCAAACGUUGCUGCAAGGAAUGAAAACAUUGUUGCAUGAUGCCAAUCUCCCUGAUAAGUAUUGGGGGGAGGCUCUGUCGAAUUUUGCUUACACUUAUAAUCGCAGAUUGUCAUCACCUAUUGGUUGUACCCCUAUGAGAAGAUGUUUGGUAAGAAACCCAACAUCAAGCACAUGAGAAUCUUUGGUUCUGACAUGUGGGUACACACCCCACAGAGCAACAAGCUUGGGAAGCGUGGGGCACAUGGUUUGUUCAUGGGGUACGAAAAGGUGCAUACAGGGUAUGGAUGACCAACUCUAAGUCCAUUAAGUUCACAAAGAGUGUUGAGUACAAUCCUAAGUGGGGGGAAAAUGUGGGAAUUUUCCAGAGUUACCCAGAGGAGGAUGAAGGUGAUGUCAAAGAAGCAGCUAAAGCUGAGGAAGCUGCUGAGGAUGAUGAUGACGAUGAUGAUCAGAGUUCGGAUUCCAGUUCAGUGGGCGGCGCUGCUGCUGAUGUCGGUGACAGUGAUGACACAGCAGACUACAAGAGCGCAAAGGCCUCAGUCAGACCAUCUGAUGCGUCUGACAAUGAACUGGAAGAACCACUGUUCACCAUUGGUCAUUUUUCUCCUAAGAAAGAGGAGAUGAGUCCAGAAGACUUGCGUCUAGUACGCAGAUCAGAAAGAGCCACAAAGGGCAGACCUCCAAAGAGAUUUGCUGAUGAGUUUGCUAAGAUGGCAACUGCUGUUCUUGGUAGCUCAGAGAAGGUGUGGGAACCUUCAAGCUUCAAAGAGGUUCAAGAGUUAACCUCUAAAGAUGCUGAGCCUUGGCUUAAUGCCAUGAAGGCUGAAGUUGAUUCCUUGAAUAGGAACCAAACUUGGGAGUUGGUACCGGUAGUCCCAGGAAUGAGACUGGUUGGCAGCAAAUGGGUCUUCAAGGCCAAGACAGACCAGAAUGGCAAGGUAGUCAGACACAAAGCCAGAUUGGUUGCCAGAGGUUUUUCACAGGUACCAGGACAGGAUUACCACGAGACCUACUCACCCACCGUCAAAUAUGAGAGCAUUCGGCUGAUGCUCAAGAUAGCUGCAGAGGAGAAACUGCAUGUUUCCCAUCAUGACAUUAAUACAGCUUUUUGUACGGGAUUUUGGACGAGGAGCUGUUUAUGCUUCCACCUGAUGGAAUGCAGAUACAGAAGGGAAUGGUCUGUAAACUGCGGAAAUCCUUAUAUGGUCUCAAGCAGAGUGCCAGGUGUUGGAACACAAAACUCACUGAGACAUUGCUUUCUCUAGGUUUUCACCAGGGCAAAGCUGAUCCAUGUGUGUUCGUCAAGGAGGAGGGGCAAAACAAACUGUAUUGUUUAUGUUUUGUUGAUGAUCUUCUGAUGUUUUGGAAGAAUCAGGCUUUUUAUCAAAGCACCCUAGCUCAGCUGAAGGAGCACUUUGACAUGAAGGAUCUUGGUGAGGUAUCCAACUAUCUUUCUCUGCAGGUGGAGAGGGACCAAGCAGGUAAUUUUCUGGUACACCAAACACAGAAAAUUGCUGAUGUAUUAACCAGGUUGAAUUUGGUUGAUGCAAACCCAGCAGACACACCGAUGGUGACAGGUUACCAGGUAGAUAGUACUGCUGAAGCGUUUUCUGACACUACGCUGUACAGAUGCAUUCUAGGCAAGUUGAAUUUCAUUGCUAGAUGCUCAAGACCUGACAUUGCUGUAAGCUGUAACCUGCUUAGCAGACAUGCCAACAAUCCUACUGUUCAGGAUUGGAAAGCUCUGAAGCGCAUAACCCGCUAUUUGAAAGGGACUAUGCACUACAGGCUGAGGUUCACCAGUCAGAAGACUGGAGGUCUUGAAAUCUUUGCAGAUGCAAGUUUUGGAAGUGACACCACGGAUGGUACAAGCACUUCUGGAGUAUGCUACAUGUACAACCACUGCCUGUUUGACUGGUUGUGCAAAAGCAGACGACAGUGAGCCUAAGUUCCUGUGAAGCAGAACUCAAUGCUCUGUCAUUUUCACUCAUGGAUUGUGAAUGGUUGAUGCAACUGUUUAAGGACAUCGGAGUUUCUGUGAAAUGUCCUGUACAAGUGUAUCAAGACAAUAGAUCGUGUUUGGCUUUGCUGAACUCGGAGAGUUGCAAGCAAAGGACCAAGUACUUGCAGAUUAAGCUACAUCGUGCAAGGGAGUGUAUUCAGAAAGGACUCAUUCAGGUGUCCUACAUGCCAGGAAAUGAAAUUCCUGCUGAUCUGUUGUCUAAGGUUGUUAACAGAGAACAACUUAAGGUUUAUGUACAAAAGUUGCAAUUGGGUUGAACCACAGGUACUACAGGUUACACGGAAAGGGGAGGAUGUUAGGAUAUUUCCGUUCCACCUUAAAAGGGAGCAGGCUUUGUGAGUCAGAGUCUGCGUAUUUCCUGUUCACAGGAUGUUUAUGUUUUCUGUUGCUUUCGUUUUCUCUCUGGUGUCGCAGACACUAAAGCAGUCAGUCAUGUUUUUCUGUGUUCUGAUCAACGCUGAAUAAACUUGUAAAUAAUGCUCUCCUGACUGCAACUUUUGGCUGUGCAUUAUCUGCUGAUACAGUGUGCAUGAGCUCUGGAAUGUGGCAAGAAAUCUUCUAGAAACUCAUGUCGCUAAUUGUUGAUACUGCGUGACUACGGGAGGUCGAUGGAUCGUCCGGCAGCUGGCUUGGGGGCCAUGAUGGACUUUAUCUCCCUGGCAGUUUAUUUGGUUAUCAAUACAUUCCUUAUGAUCAUAUAUAAAAAGUCAUCUUAUGCAAGUUCAAUUAAAAUGGCAACUAAAAAUAAUCCCAAAGAAUACAAUUCACAGAACAGAAGCACAGUUAUUACAGUGCAGUCCUAUACAGGUGUACUUGAGUUCCAUGGCUGGAAUGUGUCGUUGAAAUGGGAUACCUCUUGCUUGUCUGGUUGGAGGAUGGACAGAUGUGUGGGUGUACAGACCUCUGAGUUUUGAAUGGCUAUAACUCACUGUAAAUCAUAUUACUUAUUGCACCUAGCAGAGAUUUAUUCAGCCCGCAAUCCCCAUCUUUGCAGGAAGGGCCAUUGUACAGUGGAGAGCAUUUGCUUUGUUUGCAGAAGUUCCGAGGUUCAAUCUCUGGCUUCUCCAAGUAGAGGUGGGAUAAAACACUGCCUGAAAUCUUGGAGAGCAACUGCCAGUCAGGGUAGACCAGGGCUGGCUCAAGAUCUUUUAGCAUCUGAGGUGAACCACAAAAUGACACCCACCUCUCUGCCAGGGAAGAAGAGGGGAGUGAAGAUUUACAUCAGGAACAAGGGAGGAAUAAAUAUCUACAUCAGGAACAAGGGUGGGAGGAGAUGCUAUCAAGGCAGCAUAAGAGUGGGUGCUGUAGUUGCUGCUGGCAUCGCAGCUGCAGCAGUGGUCAGUGUAUUUCUUGGAGGCUGGAUCUGCUGUCCAUGUGGAUCCUGCCACCUGAGGCGGUCACCUCACCUUGCCUCAUGGGUGGGCCAUCCCUAGUGUACAUUGAGCUAGAUGGACCCAAUGGUCUGACUCAGUACAAGGCAGCUCCCUGUGUAACCUGCAAGCUGACCUUAUGGCUACUCCCAGUCAAUCUAACUUUUUGUAUUUUUUCUUAAAUCCUCCUCCUCCACUUCCCCAUAUAACAUCUUGCCUGAUGAAGUGUUCUGAAGUACUGAAAAGUUUGCAACUCUUUGUGACAUUUCUGACUGCCCCUAGCAAAUGUAUUGGCCAGCUUUGGAUUUUGUAUACAGAACUGCAGCCUUAUGUAUAUGCCAUACCUUCAAAGCACAUUUGAAGCACAUGUCAUUCUUUAAAGGUUGCUAGGAAUUGUGACUCUCUGAGGAGUAAGCUACAAUGCCUACAAUUCUUUGAGGGGGGAAAGGUGCUUAAAAAUAUGUGUAUGCAGCCACAACCUUCCUGAAGACAGCACUGGAAAGAUCAUGUUGUUUCUGGUCAUAGCAAGCCAGCCAAUUCCAAGUCCUGGUGGAGAGGAACUAAAUUCUGGGUGCAAAUAAUAGUGUUUUUCUUCCACUCACAGGGUUAUAAUUCAAUAUUUUGGCCUUUCUGAUUUGUACAUACAGUAUUUAUUUAUUUAUUUAUUUAUUUAUUUAUUUAAUCUAUCUUUAUUAAAUUAUUCCCAGACGCUAGCUAUCAAAGAAGCCUACAGUUGCCACUUUGUCCCAGAAAUAGUGCAUAAUCAGAAAGAUACUUACUCUGAAGUUUAAUUGAGUUCAGUAGGACGGCCUCCAGUAAGUUUUUAAUAUUGCAGUUUUAGUAAUGCAGAACUAGAACUACUAUAUACUAAGCUGUAAUGAUGCGAGUAGACAAAUUGCUGCAUUGUUUAAGGAUGUAUUACACAGUGAAACUACCUUCCAGUGUUUACUUUGUAAGAUACUAUCAGAUUUAGAGUUCUGCCCUCUAAUUGCUGGUUUUGUUGACUUGUUAAUUAACAUAGUAGCAAGUGACAGUUAAUAUUUUGAAUGCUAUUUUUGAGGCAGCUUUUAUAGUCACUGUGAUCUAUAUAGAUGACUAGGAGCUGAAAAUUACAUGCAUUUUUGCCAGUUUGGUGGUGUGAAACGUAGGGCGGGUUUGUGGCUGCCAAUAUAUGCUGGGUUUGAAAAUGUUUUUUUAGUCCUACAAUACUCCCUUUUCCUUUCCACAGUAGGCACAAUCUAGACAAAGUAACCAUUUUAAAACUUUUACUGAGGUCAGGAACAGUAGGCUAUCCAACUAAAAGGUCACACUGCAGUGACCAAGCCUUAAAGUGACAUUUUAGUUGGCCCUAAUAAAGAUGUUAUCUGGUGUAACCUUUCCAUUUCUUUUUCUAGUGGACCAACAAAGCAACCUGCAUUUUUUGGUGUCAUUCAGUAAGAAAGUAAAGCAGGUGCUUAACUUUCUCCCAUUAGAACAAAUGGGGCUUAACUUUUAUUUGAGUUUACUCAAUUGUUUUUUAGAAAACCACAUUCAUUUUAAAUAGAGUUCUCACAAAGCUAUAAUUGAGUUUAGGAAUUCUUUGGAUUUUUGCUUUUUGCUUUUAAUUAUCUUAAUUACCUCCCUUACUAUUAUUAACUAUUAACAAUACAAAAUGCUAUAUAGAAAAGAAACAAAAUCACAUAGUGUUAAUCGUGGCUCGAUUAAUUUUAUUUUUAAUAGUCUAUCAUGAAAGGAACAUUUUACUUUGCUCUCAAAAUGUCCCUAUUACAUUUUAUAUUUGGCAGCAACAUUAUUAGGGUGGGAAUCACCAGAGGGCACUGUUUCUUUUUCUGAACAGCUGUAAAGGAACCUAUGGGCAGGCAGAGGUGGGGGAAUUGCUUUAUUAUUUUGUGGUAUAUUUAUACUAUGCAGGACUGUUUGACUAUCAAGUACAGUACACUGAAUCUAUCUGGAAACUGGGGUAUCUUCUGAAAGAUGCCAUUUGUGGCCAGCGUAUAAGCCACAUUUAAUAACUAGUAUGAACAAUGGGGGGGGGAUGUGAUGAUUAGUAACAAAUCAACAUGAUUCUGUAUGUCAUUUCAGUCAUAACUGGUACCUGAGAAAAUGCUCAUGUAAGUAUUUAGUGCAUCUGGAAUUAUAGGUAAGGUUCAUUAAUUUUUCAGAGAACAUCAGACUGUACUUCUUCACAGAGCACAUUCUCAGAAAUUCAGUGCCACAAUCUGUAGUGGUUGCCAUCCACAUUUCCAUUUUAAAAGGCAGAUUAGACAAAUUUAUGGAGGCUAAGGCUAUGACUUGCUACUAGUUAGGUAAUUAUAUCCUGUAUCCAGGUUCAGAGGCUGUGUGUUGGCCUAGAUCUGAUCCAGCAGGGCUCUUAUGUUCUUCUUGCUGUCAAUUGCUUUGUCUUCUGCAUACUGACUGGGGUUUCCUUCAUCUUUAAUUAUUUUGCUCGUUUUUAUUAAACAGUUUUACCAUGUCUCUUCAGCUACUCAAGGUACUUUCCUGUCCCUCCAGAUAUACCUGUUCAGCAGAUGGGUCACCUUGGGAGUCAAAUGUAUACCUCAGAUUUCUGUUCUGGAUAGUCAAUAGAAACUUACAGGUGGGUGUAUUAAAUUAUUGUCUAAGAAUUGUCAUAUUGAAACAUAAACUCGUUAUCAACAAUUAGCUGUAGUGAAAGCCACAAGACACAGAAUGCCAACAAUAAAAACGGGGGCUGCCAGAAAUACAAGAUUUCUUGAGCAACUGACAGCUUCAGAGAAGUUGGGUUUUUGUGGGCAGAGAUAUAUUUUAUUUUUUGAGGGGUAAUUAUUCCCAGUGGCAUCAUUCCCUAUGUGUAUUCAGAAAUGGUUGAGUCCCAAGAGGCCUCUAGCAUGUGAUUUUUCUAAAUCAAGUUUUCGCAGCUCAGUAGGCACAAGUCAUCAUUCUAAAUGAACUGAAUGUAGAGCCAACUUAUUUCUGGUUAAACCCUGAAGGAUUUGAUCAUGAAAGUCUGUGUUUUAUGGAUAUGUACUUCAAACAUCAAGUGGAUAUUAUAAGGAUCAACGAGCAGCUUGGUGGUUCUAAGGGAGCAUCAAGAAAUUUAUAAAACGUAGGAUUUGUGAUAGGAAUCUGUAGUUUAUUUAUUCCUUUUACUUGUCAUCCAUCAAGCCCUGAGGCCAAGGGCAAACAAUGUUAUUGCACAAUGAUACAAAGGUCUCUUUAUAUCAUUGUACAAUAAGGGUUUUUUUCUACAUCGAUCUUUCAAACAAAUUCAUUUAGGCUGCAAUCCUGUCCAUAGUUUCAUGGGAAUAAGUUCCAUUGAACUUCUGAGUAUACAUGCUUAGAGUUGCACCAUCAGCCAAACAGGAUUGACCAUUCAUUGAAGGAGGAGUCUGUGUCUUGGAUCCUAAGAAGUGUGAACAGAAAGAAGUUUUCAGAAGGAAAGCUCUCCCAACCAUGCAUCCUAUGCAGAGGAUGCCUAGCCAGAGGGUUGGGAACAUUCAAACAGGUUAAAGACAAGCAAAAACAAUUUGCUUAAUUAGAGCAGGAUCAGAGUGAUGCAGUUCUAUAUCAGUUCAGUGGGGAAUGCUUAAACAUGCGCUUAAACUCUCCCAUUAAAAUCAAUAGGAUUUUUUAUUUUUAACACUGACUGGAUCAUUCCGGUUCAUUUUUAGCCCACCUUUUCCAAAAUAAAAUAAAUACAUGUAAUAAAAAUCAAAUAUACCAACACCAUGUCUUAGAACAAAAUUGUGUUGUUUCAAGUGGGUGUGUUUUUUUAUUAAAGUAAAUUAAACUAAUCAUUUGCUAUAUUAACUCUGGCAGCUAGAAUACCAGCCAAAAUAGUUGUUCCAGAAAAUAUUCAGAAAAGCUCAGAUUUUGACAGAUCUCUACUACAGAACAGUAGUUCUACAAAUAUGGGGCAACCACCAAAAGCAUACCAUUGGUACAGGAUGAUACAAGCAAUAAGAUGCUGACAGUUGAUCUUAAUGUUUAUGGUAGUACCAGGACACGAGCGGCUUUUUAAUGCCGAAGGCAAGAUACUGAAUUGUAUCCAGAAGGCAACAGGGAACUAGAAGAGGCAGCCCAACAUCUGCCUAGACCAAUGAAUUGGGAAGCUGUGGCCCUCUAGAUAUUAUUGGGCUACAACUUCCAAGAGGCUGCAAACCUACAGGCAGAUACUGAUGAUCAUUUUAGCACAUAAUUUGCUACACAGCUGCACCCAAGAGUUGCUUGGUCAUCUAUGCAGGCCACAAAUGUAUUGAAUAUUGUUGCUCUUCUCAGUUUGGUGGGCCCAUCUACGUGUCUGGUGAAGGCGAUAAUUUCAGAAGCUGUGGAAUGGAAUUGAAGUAAACCUUGGUCAAGAAGACUCUGGCUCAUCGUUUAAGCAUGCCUGAACGUUUGCUUUAAAGGCAGAAAUGUCUGUGUCUGCCUGGACCCUGCUGGAUCAUGAGAAAUGGAAAGCUUGGCAAUGCUUUAGACAAGCUGAGAUCACAAAGAAGAUAUAAGGCGUGCUACUCCCCACAGCCAGCAGCACUAGGCUGGCAAGGCUUUAGUCAAGCUCAGAUCAUGCCCCAGGAUGAAGACGACUUGUUGGCAGUUUUGAAUGGCCUUUAUGAGGUUCCUUGUACCCCAAUAAGGUUCAAGAAUAUUUAGUCCAACCAAACAAUUAAAUAAAAACAAAACACUUGUUCUACAGGAGUUUCUCCUGGUGUCAUUUACUAAUACAGAACUGAAUUUUAGUAAGAAAAAAGUGAAUCAGAAGACAGGAAAAUGAAGGUGUGCAGAGAGAUCAGAAAGAGAUUACCUCAGUGCUAGAGCUCACAUUGCUUGAUUUUAUUUUUGUUUUCUAAUACAUUUCUGCUUGUUGAGGUCUUUGGAGCCCAGCUUGCCUUUUUGCCUUCUCUCGGAGAGAAGGGGUUUCUUGUUUUGGGCAUGUCCUUCCUCCAGCUUUAGAAGCUACUUUAGCAAUUUAUUGUGAGCUAGUCUUUUGGGGUCUAGACGUCUGGUGUGUGCAUGGUUUUGACUAUAUACAGUUUUUAUAUCAUUUUGUUCCUUCCAAAAAUCCUUUUAAUUUUGGUUUAUUCUAUUUAUUCCCUUGUGAAGCUCAGACUUUACUAUUCCAAUUUAAAACAUUUCCCCCUAUUUUUACAUGAACUUAUUUCCCAUUGGUACCAUUCUGGAUCCUAUACACUGGAUUCAUGUUCUGCAGCUUCUCCUCAGAGCCUACAGAAGGCAGUUUCAUAGAUUCCUGCUUGGAUUGUUAGCUUUAAAGCACUUGUUAGCUGUAAGGCAGUUUUGGAUUUUGGGCUAUAUGGCCCAAAAAAAAAUAAAUACUAAGCUUUUAACUAGUUUGGAUUGCUGGAAGUUUUAGGAGGAUGCAAGUUAGGGCUUAGAAAUAUAUGUGUUUUAUCAGUAGAUGUUAGGUUAAUUGGUUUGUAUAUGGUCUGUAUGGGAUAUCUUCGGGUGAAGAAAAGGCUAAGGAGUAAACCCUACACAAAUCUGCAGUCCCUAAUAUGGUUGGAUGGAGCCUUGCACACCCCCUUCCAGCAACUCCUGCAGCCAAGCUAGUGCCAAAUGUAUUGCUCCAUUUUCCUUUGGACCACAUCAGCAAGGCCGAGAGGGAGGUCUUAUCCCAGGCUUCCUUAACCUUGACCCUCCAGUUGUUUUUGGCCUACAACUCCCAUGAUCCCUAGCUAGCAGGACCAGUGGUCAGGGAUGAUGGGAAUUGUAGUCUCAAAACAUCUGGAGGGCCAAGGUUGAGGAAGCCUGUCUUAUCCCAAAGACCUUCCAUAAACACUGCCCAGGCUUGCAACCCAGGGAAGUCACUUUGGUGCUGCUAACACAGCAGUUUAACUUGACCCCCCAGAGGCUCACUCCGUUGUCUCUUGAGACAGAUGGAUGCCAACAACAUAUUGUCAUCAUUUCAGCAUGAGCUAAAUCUAAAAACUCCCCUGAAAUGAUGUGGGAGUUCUCUUUUGGCUUUAUCUUCUGAGCCUUCAACACUGAACUUCAGUACUGGAAUCAUAGCAUCAUUCUACUUAACAACUGUGGGAUUAGGAGAGGCAAUGUGGUGUAGUGGUUAGAAUGUCAGACUAGGAUUUGGAAGACCAGGGUUCAAGCUCAUUGUGUACCCUUGAGCCUGUUGCUGCCUCUCAGCCUAACCUACCUCACAGGGUUGUUGCAGGGAUGAAAUGAGGCAGCACCAUGUACAGUAACUUAAGCUCCUUGGAGGAAAAAGGUGGGGUGUAAAUGCAAUGUAAAUAAACAGUGAAUGGGAGAGUUGUGAUGCAGAACACUUCCCUGAAUCCCUGGGACAGGAGUCAGAGGGACAAACUCUGUCAUUAGCAUGGGUCUGAUACCUCCUCAGCUUUUGCUUAAACAUCAGGGGCAGCAUCCUGGCUGGCCAGUAAACUACUAUCCUUUGUUUGCAAUUCUUCAAACUUUCCUGCUGUCAAGGGAGGGCCUGAAAAAAUCAUAAUCUAGUAAAGUAUCGUCAAGGUUAUCCUCCCCAAGACGAGAAAGUUUUUCUUUGUGAAAACCUCUUCAUCUAAUGAAAUACAGUCAGAAUCUUCCGUUUCCAUGUAAGUGUAAGGCAAAUUCUGAGGGAGAAGAAUAAAGAAUAGUUAGAGGGACUGGAAGGGAACUUCAGAGCAUAACAUUCAAGUUCAGUCCUCAACUAUUCAGCGUAAAACUCCUGAUAGGAACUUGGGUUUUACAGUAACACUUCAUUAUAAUGAGUGGGGUAGCAAGAAAGAAAGGCAGGACUUGCAUAGCAAUGAUCCCGGGUAACAUAAAAAGCAGUCACAGGAAAGUGACAGUGCCUACAAAACACUCACUCACCCAUACUUUGGUUUCCUACCUAUUACUGCCCCCAGGUCACUGGAGGAGAAUUAAAGAACCCAUUUUCUAAUAGAACUGGCUUGAAAGUAAAAUCUGACCACUCAUGUGCUUGUAGCCAAAAUAUUUUGUGCCAAAAAUAAAUGCAAGUUGGUUAAUAUUUGUGUACCCUAAUGGCGUGCUUAUGGAACCCUUUGAUUUCCGCCCCCCUCCCCCCAGCUUCAAAUAACUAAAAAAAGUGAUGCCAUCUUUACGGAAAUCGGUACUACCUUUCUAUGUACUAACAUCACAUCUGGGGUUGUUCCUCAUUAGCGGAGUAGUUUAUGGAAGUAAAGUUUACUACUAAGUCAUCAACAUGUUUCCUCAAGCGGAGAUUUAAAGUUAAUUGAUGACUCCUCCCGCUGCCUCUCUCAGCGGAUGCGAAGGCGUCUCAGUUCUUAAGGUGCAACACACUUUCCCCAAAGUUAUUAUUAUAAUCCGCAUCCCCAUCUAGCCAGGAGGUGCUUUUAAAGGGGGGGGGGGAGGCAGACGAAGGUGAAUCCGGAGAGAGGACUGUUUAGCAUGAAGUGCAGCUUGGGGGUGGGGAGAGCAGCUCUCCCCCCGCCCCGCACAUGGCUCUUCCCCUGCUAAGUUUGGGCUUUUACCUGCAGCUUCCGCUCCCUUCGGAGACUCCUCGCGUACAGCAGGGAGAGCGAGCAAGCGAGCCAGGGCUUCGAUCAGCACCAGACCAGGAAGUGGGGAAGGAAGCACCGCGGGGGAGCCUGGAUCAAGGGAUCGAGGGGGUUGCCCGGUCGCAAGGGCCGACGUUCCCCUGGAGCUUCUUCCUCCCCUUCCCCAAUGGCUUCUCCCGGGGACCCUCCUCUGCCCGAAGGUAAAGGGCGCCUGCUUUGGGAUCUGUCUGGUGGGAAAGGCGAGGGGCUGGGCGUCUUUUGUGGCCGGGAGCCUGCGAGCUCUGCCGCCGAGAAGUGGGGCUGGGCUGGGUAGGGGAAGGGAGGCGGGAUCCUGGAGUGGCCGCUGGGGCGGGCCGGAGGGCGGACUCCCUGGGUGGACACUGAUCCUCCUCCCCUCGCCCCGCUGCGAAGCCACUCCGCUUGCAGCUCCGAGGCGAGAGGCGGAGGCAGCCAUAGCUCGAGCCCUUCUCCGCCUCUGGCCUCGCCUUGGUCUUAUUCAUGCCGCAGAUCGCCGACAGGCGCGAUACUGGGUCUUGGUAGCCCCGACUCCCGCAAACCCAUUGCAGAAAAUCAUUGCACGCGCAGUGCUGCGUGGAGAGAAAGAGAGCGUGUGUCCGAGGCUUUCCUUCCUCCUGUACUUUUCGUGCACCGGGAGCGAUUCUUAAAAAGCCCUUUCUGUAGCACCUCACCCUCAAAGGACUUGAUGAAUCAUUCACUCAUGCACGAACGAAAUUAAGCCCUGCAGCAUCCCUCUGAAGUGCACAAAAUUGUUGCAAAAAGUUGCCUUAUCCUGUAACUUUUGAGAAUUGCUCCCUAUAUCCUUCAGCAAGAACAAAUUUCUACCUGUCCCGAGCGUAAUUUAGUUUAUAAACGCUUUUCAAGUUAAGUGAGAAAGAGAAUGCAGUUGUACAGGUCACACACUUGAGGCACAAGUGACCAGCACACACACACACACACACACACACACACUUUUUUUUUUAACGGGGAACUUUAUUUUAAGCAUAUGCUGUUGGACAACAUAAGGCCUAAAAGAGGUGUGUCCAGCGUUUGCCAAAAUCUCUUCAGAAGGUGCCAGAGGCAUGCUCUGCGGUGGGAAAUCUACAAUUUAAGGGCUACUGCAGAUACCCACCCCACAAAAAAAAUAAAAAAAAUAAAAUAAGGGCAGUGAAGCUACCAAGAGGGCUCUGAUCCAAACACUCAAAAGGGUUUGUAGGGAAGGGCAGUCUGUCAGAUAUCUGGGGCCUAACUUGUUUAGGGCACCUUUCAUUAAUUCUGUAAACAGACUGGCAACCAACGCAGCUGUUUUAGAACAGGGCUUAUAUAAGUUUGAAUGGAAACCACAGCCAAUAAUCUGACUAGCUAAAGUUUUGGAGUCAUCCUCAAGGGCAGCCCCACAUAGAUUGCAUUGCAGUAAUCCAAUCUAGAAGUUAACACAGCAUGGAGUACUGUGGCCUAGUCAUCUGUGUCCAGAAGAGGCCAGAAGCUGGGGAACCAAGCAGAGCAGGAAAUAGGGCCUGAGUACUCCAAGCUACUAAAGCCACACACAAGCUACAAAAACCUGCUUCUUCCAGGAGUGCAACCCCACUAUUCAGAACAGCCCACCUCCUGGAUGCUUCUUCCCCUGUUUGAGAACCUCAUCUGAAAGUAUCAAAGUAAAGAUAAUUCUUGCUCCGGUGCUUGUUUUAAUACCGCUGAGCUGGAGCCAUAUUUAAGCUUAGUAGUGCACCAGGAAAUUAGAGGUGAACUGAGGACUGGAAAAAUAUCCAAUACUUCUAGCUUUGAGUGAUACUUAUCUAUUCUUGCUUAUCUUUUUCAGGCUGGCUUUCAGAACUUUAUAAUUAGUUUGAUAGGAUGAUGAGCAUGGAAUUUCUUUGAUCCAAGCUCUCAAUUGCUUCAACUUCAAAACGGUUAUGCAGUACAAAGGGAUGUUGCUAAUGAACAGAAACUAAAUCACAACAUACAGCAGAAAUCCACUUCUAUGGAUUCUGGUGUUCCAGAUAGUCUGUGCGGGAAUAAGACAUCUCAAACCUCAGGGGACUUCAUUUGAAGUUCAUAUGCACAGGAUUGGGCUGUUUGCCAAAGUAAUACCUGACUCUUCCUUACUUCCCUUGGCACUUAGGUCUGGUUUUGGAUCCAAUUUAAAUAGCAAACAAGGCACACAGUACAGUCGUCACAGGAAAGUACAUAAUCUUUUGUCAUCAUAACAAUCCUUUGAGGCAGGCUGAGAGAAAGUGACAGGCCCAAGAAAUUUGAUGGCUAGGAACUGGGAGGGAGAGACUUUCUUUCCAGCCACCCCUCCAUACUCUUUUUUCUGCCCCUCCCUUUGAGCCGCAACUUUUCUGAUAGUGACAAGUCGGAUUGGUGCUCCUCAUGCAUGCAGGUAUUUUGCAGCAUUCACAUGUUGUCAUUAAAAUUGCAGCCCAUUACCCGCCCCCCUUUAAUCCAGAUUUACCCUUUCUGGGGAAAAUACAAUGUUUUGUUGCUGUUUUUUAAACCGUUGCCAAUGACCUAUUUGUUUGAAAAUUCAGCCUGUGGUCUGGAACUACCCUAGAAAGAAUGUGGUCUGUUGUUCCCUUCUGUCUGCGCCCUGGCCCUAUUCAUGGCAUAGCAGUGGCUUGUUCGCACUCUUGGUUUAAGUAGAAUAUAAGAUUGCUUAGCUGAUAAAUAAAAAUGACAACACAAAAAAUACAUAGAUGAUUAAAAAUGAUAUAAGAAAUACUAUAAACUAAGUUUGGCAGUUCAGAUGUCACAGGAAACUGUGGUUUAAAAAAAAUAGGAGAAGAGAAUGGGAGGUGCAAAGAGGAAGUGUGCAGGCACAUGUCAUCUUUCUCAUCUGACAAACAUGGUAAAUAUGGUUUAUCAGAAUAGGUUUAUUCUAUCUAAAAUGCACUUGUGUUACUCUUGGUGAAAACUGCUUGUGGCAGAUGAUAAUUUUUCAUUAAAGUUAUAGAAAAAUGUAAGUGCAUAUGAUUUUAUGAUUAUUUAUUCUGCUAGAAUAACAAUUUAAAAACCAGAAUGUGAAACAUUCCUUUGUGUUACAAACUAACACUUGCCUAUAUAUACAAUGGAGGCAAUUAAAGUAGACUGGAGAUGUUGAGAAACACAAAUUAAAACUUUCCUUUAUUUGUUUCCAGCAGAUCAGGCAAUGAAAGAGCCAGUAGAAGAUACAGACCCUAGCACUUUAUCCUCAGAAGAAGUAUGUAAUUUCCUGAAUGUAUUGUAGUGAAAUGAAAUGUAACCGUUAAUUCAAUUAUUGUAAAUGUUGGUUACCAUUUUAUAGUUUUUAAUACUGUCAGAACAGGUUCAUAAAUCCCUGGUAUUUCAGGACAUUUGGUGAAAUGUUUCUGUACCAACAACAGUGGUGCCCCGCAAGACGAAUGCCUUGCAAGACGAAAAACUCGCUAGACGAAAGGGUUUUGCGUUUUUUGAGUCGUUCCGCAAGACGAAUUUCCCUAUGGGCUUGCUUCGCAAGACGAAACGUCUUGCGAGUUCUUGCGAGUUUGUUUCCUUUUUCUUAAAGCCACUAAGCCAUUAAUAGCCGCUAAGCUGUUAAUAGCCGCUAAGCCGCUAAGCCGCUAAUAGCCACUAAGCCGCUAAUAGCCGUGCUUCGCAAGACGAAAAAACCGCAAGACGAAGAGACUCGCGGAACGGAUUAAUUUCGUCUUGCGAGGCACCACUGUAUGCAAUGGAUGAAUUCAGAAUAGAAUCAGAUAUCCUAAAAUAUAGGGGGCUGCCACCAAAACCAACAACCACACAUAAGCCCAGUUCACAUAUUAUAGCUUACUGAGACUAUGGGAACGUUGUUGGAUCUUGAAGUUGCUGUUCAUACUCACUUUCAGCACAGUGAAGCAUGGCAGCUAAGCCAAGGUGUGUAAUCUGGACCUGAUACUGUGCUUAAGGUCUCUCCUCUUAAACCUUGAACCAUAACUGAGGUUUGAUCUACGGUUACCGGCCAUGGUUAAGGAGGACAGACCUGUACCUUAUUCCUGGGUUUGGGGAACUUGCACAUUCACAUGGUUCUCAGAAGCCAUAGUUCGGCUUACUGUGACAUGUGAACCAGGCCACUGAGAUCCUCCCUUCUCCCACCACAAUGCAUAAUUCAGCUAAUUCUAUUACCUGCCUAUGUAUGAUACCUUGUCAUAUGAUGUGAAAUGGGACAGGGAGGGAAACACUUGGAAUAAUUAAGCCAAGGUAUGGGGCAAGUUGCCUUACAAGGAGAGAGGGAUGCUGUUUUCAGUGGCAGCUCCAUGACAUCUGUGAUUCUGCAAUUUCUACAUCUGUUAUUGAAGCUUUCAGACCACCACCAUGGGGAAAAGAGUCGUGGGUCAAUGGUAGAGCAUCUGACUUGCAUUCAGAAGGUCCAAGCCAAGCCCUUUUGUCUAGAACCCUGGAGAGCCACUGCCAGUCAGUGUAGACAAUACUGAGCUGGAUGGACCAAUGGUCUGACUCGGUGUAAGACAGCUUCCUAGCUUCUGAAGCCCACUAAAGGAUUUAACAAAGCUCUGUUUAUUUCUUCCAUGUUCCUUCCUGUCUGGGACUGCAGAAACAGGAGGAUUGUGGAGUACCUAGCAAGCUGCCAUACAAGGCAGUUCACACUCUGUUCAGUUUGGUCAGCCUGAUAUAGAGGAAUGAAAAAAGACAGUUUUACAAGGCGACAAUCAUUAAGUUUGUUAAAAUAUAUCUGAUUGUAUAUUUUGUCUCCCCAUCUUUUGAACAGACAAACAAGUACCCUGUUCAAGAUACAGCACUACCAAAAGGUAAGUGCAGAAAAUUGUAGUAGCUAUAUAUUUGUAAUUGUCUAAAACUUUCCUAAACUAUGCAAAAUAAGUGUGGUUGUCACUUGAUGUGGAAAAUAUACAUUGCAAUGUCUCUAAAGCCAAUGUAGAAAAGUUUGUUUUUAAAACACUUAAUUACUGUCUGAAUACCAAGUGACCACACAUGGAACAUGACAUGGGGUUAUUCAGGUUAUCCCUUCUCAUUGCAGUCCUGCCCAAGAUGCCACUUGGGAGUGGGAGUGAGACUCAGGGCAAUCUAUGGGGAUAUUGCUGGAAGUGAAAUUGGCAGUCCCUCAAUCUGUGUGUGAAAGUGCCUUCACACAGAGGAAUGGACUGUAACUCGGCAGUGGAGCAUCUGCUUUGAAUGCAGAAGGUCCCAGCUUCCAUCCCCAGUAGAGCUGGGAAUGUUUGAGAGGAGCUUAGACAACACAUCACUUUUGGAUGAAAGCAGCAGAAGGAGCAGGCAGGUUGCUUGGUUUAAAGCAGAGACUAGGGAAUGACCUCUCUUCUUGUUUGCUGCACUUGGGAGAAAGAUGGCUUCCUUUCUUGAAGCACCUAAAAUAUCUCUCUCCACCCCUUAGCCUUGCUAUUUCUGCCCCAUCCCCAUUGCUACCCUUGCUUUCCUUCCACCGCCCACUCUAUGCUCACUAUUUCUUGCUCUCCCAGCCCUUAAGCUCUUUCUCCCCCUCUCCUAGCCUCCCUUUCUUUCCCUUCCACCCUCUAAUCCAGGGGUCAGUAACCUUUUUCAGCUGUGGGCCAGUCCACCAUCCCUCAGACCAUGUGGGAGGCCAGAUUACAUUGGGGGGAGGAUGAACAAAUUCCUAUGCCCCGCAAAUAUCCCAGAGAUGCAUUUUAAAUAAAAGCAUAUAUUCUGCUCAUGUAAAAACACCAGGCAGGCCCCACAAAUAACCCAGAGAUGCAUUUUAAAUAAAAGGACACAUUCUGCUCAUGUAAAAACACGCUGAUUCCUGUACUGUCCACAGGCCAGAUUGAGAAGGUGAUUGGGCUGCAUCCAGCCCCUGGGCCUUAGGUUGCCUACCCCUGCUCUAAUCACUCUGUUCCCUCCGCCCCCAGCUCCUCACCAUGCUCUCCCCCACUGCCAAUGCACCACCUAAACUCUUGCGUGUUUGUGCAAAACGUUUGUCUCUGUGUAAAGUGUGUUAUGCCUAUUAUGAUCUCUGGCUGCACCUUUCCCCCAGUCACCCUGCUGCUAGAUGCCCUGCCCUGCCUUUUCUCCUGUUCUUCACUCCAGCGACCCCUGUGCCACCAGAAGUUGUGAACAUCUUUUUUUAAAAAUAAAAUGCAUGCAUGGCUCACUCCUGUUUGCCUUUUGCAACACACGUACAUCAAUUUUUUGAACUCUCCCCAUCACCAGCAGAAGGGAGCAGCAUUAUAUUUUAAGGGCAAUAGACAGUAUAGGCUUAAGCAUGUCUUAAGUAUUCAGAGGUGAAUCCCAUUGAGUAGUAGAGAGUCUGGAACUGCGGUGGGAACAGCAACAUUAACAGCUCACAAUACAGGCAAGUCCCAACCAGGCCUCCCACCACUCCAGACAGCCUGGGGCAUCAAGAGACCUCAUUCAAGAAUGUUUAAUUUGAUAUCCAAUAAAAGUUAUCAUUAAUUAGAGGGUUGUUUGGAAAUUUUGUUUUAUGUGAUUUUGUUUUAGAAAAUCCAUGUAAACUGUCUUGGGUUAUGCCCUGAAAGGUGGGUUUGACACAUUCUAAAUGCAUUCCAAAAGAGCUUCAUUACUUCCUAGUAAAUGUGAUUAGAAUUGCAACAUUGGUGUCACUUUUGCUGUAACAUUAAACUAUAAGUAACAUUAGGUACAUGAAUUCAAUGAAAAUGCUUGUUUUUUUCUAGUGCAAAUAGUAGGCAUAGAGAGCAGGAUUGUGGCCACAGCAGGACAUGCAGUGGUGCAGACAAAAAAAAUGUCCCCACAUGUUCCUGUUUGAAUUGAGAAGAAAACUUCUGUUGAUAGUUAAACUGCCCACCUGCAGAGGCACAAUCCUGCUCCCUGGCAGCUGUGAUUUACAUACGGUAGUUUAAAGUGCCUGUUAGCUGGCCCAUCGGAUUAAUUGCUGCAGAAUGAGUGCUGUGCCUCAGCAACACCAUAGAACAUUUUAUUAUUCUAUUGCAGUUGUGACCUCUGCCUUCUGUUUUUCCUCCUUCUCUCAUUGUGUCAAGCUCAGCAUCUUAAAAUUGAGUAGGCAAGACUGGAGUUGUGCAUUAAUAGUACAAAGUCUGGUUCCCUGCCAAAUCCUGUGUAAAGUUGGACAAGAUUGAUAGACAGAGCAUUUUUUUGCAAAUCAAAUGGGACCGGGUCUUUAAAUGCAACUUUAAAUACAAUAAGAGUAAGACAGAUGUUUUGGGAGAGGUGUCUAGCAUAACGAAUGGUGGUGAUUCUUCACUCAUAAUGCACAUGCACAGAGUGGGAUGUUGUUGUUGUUGUUGUUAAUCCCUGGCUUCCAUGUUGUGGCGAGCCAGUGAAGCGGAUGUUGUGCCCCCUGGUAUAAAUUGCUUCUUUUGCAAUAUGUAGAGCUCUUGGCAAGCCAUUGCUGGUUUUGCUAGUAUGUGUGGAACUGCAAGGCUGGCUUCUUGCCCUGAUAUAUAAAUUGUCGUCAUAAUCUAGCUGAAUUUUAGUAAGCAAAGAUGGUGAGAGCUGAAUGUGACUAACACUUCAGAAUUUGCCUUUUUAGACGAUGAAUACCAAACAGAAAAAGUGACAUUGGAAAUAGCAUCUGUUAACAUUAGGAGCCUGACAUCUGAUUCAGGUCUCAUACAACAGGUAAGCUGUUAAACUAGCAUGUUUUGCUGAUACAUAAAGCUUAAUUAACAUUUAUUGUGUCCCAACAGCUUACUACUAGUUCAACAGAAGUCUUGUUUUAGUCUGGUGUUCAAAAGAUAAAAAGAGGAAAGAGAUGACACAAAGCCAUGGAAAAGCCCUCAACCCCCAGGCAAUCCCAGGUCAACACCUAUCUCAUAUUUGAAGCAUGGGCACCUUGGGUCUCCAGUUAAGAUCUUAACAGGUGGUCAGGAUCAUAUGGCAGCAAGCAGCUCUCAAAGAAACUCCCACCCUGUUUGAGGCUCUGUAGCAGGGGUAGGGAACUCCUGGCCUGUGGACCAAACAUGGUCCUCCAGGCCUGCCCAUUUGGCCCACAAGGCCAUUUUCAGGAAGCCACACCUAUCUGCCCCUGACAUUCUCUGUCCCAGCUUCUGCCAGCCUAGCAGUCUGAAAACAUACAGGUGCAAGUAGAUAAAUAAGUACCACUGUAGUGGGAAGGUAAACGGCAUUUCUGUGCACUCUGGCUUCCGUCACAGUGUCCCGUUGCACCAGAAGCGGUUUAGUCAUGCUGGCAACAUGGUCCGGAAAGCUGUCUGUGGACAAACGCCAGCUUCCUUGGCCUGAAAAGUGAGAUGAGCGCCACACCCCAUAGUCGCCUUUGACUGGACUUAACUGUCCUUUGCCUUUAUCUUUGCCUUACCUAUAUGAUGUCAGGCAUGGGCUGGGUAAUGGUGGGUCUUCAAAGGAACAAUAAGCGUAAAGUUUCCAGUUGUUCCUUUGAUCAGACGAGGUGUGCUCCCACCAAUUAUUUAGUUAAUGGGCGGAUGGGAGCAUGCCUUCCAUCCCCUCAUUUGAAGAAGAAAUGCAUGAGGAAAAGGGGGUCUGAAAGCUCCUUUGUGAACAUCUUCAUGAGAGGAUGUUUGCAAAGGGCUGUUUGAAAACCCCAGUUUGCUUUGAAGUCCCAACCAUUGAGGCUUCAAAGGAAAGCAUCACUAGAUGUCACUAUGAAGCCUGUAUGCUGAGGUUUAGCUACUGGUCCGAUUAGAUGCUGGGUCACACUCUAUUCUGGGCUCUGUUAUGGCAGUGUGGGUGAGGCGCUCAUUAAUGCAUAACCUGACCCACUUCUCAUGGAAGUAAACCAGAGGCCAUUUUUUGGUGUUAGGUUUGGGACUGGUGUGAAGUGGUGCUCUCCAUGGGGAUGUGGUCGUGGUUUGGAGGAUUUGGUGCAGGUGUGGUCCUCCUCUGUGCCCCACCCCCAUGGCUACAUCCCAUUUUGGCUGUUUUGCUCCUGUACUUUCACCAGUAGAAUGUUCUAUUAGCAUAUUCGGUGUGGUUUCACUGGUGUACUUUUUGUGCUAAUGUUGUGUCUCAAGUUCUUCAAUGCAGUAGUGCUUCCACCAAAUCCUAUAGCCCCUCAGCUGGCUGAACUUGAGUACAGGAUUGUACCCUUAGGGAACAAAAGGUCUUCAUCAAAACAACACAUCAUAUUAAACUGGCUUCUGACUUCAGUUGAAGUGUGUAUGUGUGUGUGUGUUUUAAAGCAGUGAAACUGAUUUCCCUUUACAAAUGUUUCAGUGUAUUUGUAGAAGCUACAUUUUGCCUUUAGGGUGUACUGGUUUUUCUCAUCUUCCAACUCAUGGAAGGCAAAUUUGUAGUUCUGUCUGGUCUUGCAAUUUAUUAAUAGGCAAUAAAAAUGAUCUUGUUAAAUGGCAAUGUUUUAAUAGCUGGUUACUUCUCUUACAGUAUAAACAUAUACUGACUAACAUGCACCAAAAUGGACACAACUGUAUUUGAAGUUGUUUUAGACGUAAUUGCAUGUGAAUUAAUCUUUUAUUGAAUUGGUGGAGUUUGUGGCAUGCCUUGACAGGAACAGAUGAGCUCCUACCUACCACUCUGGCAUUGAACUGCAGCCUGCUUGCCUGGCUCACAAGACACAAAGCUAAACUACCACAAGGGACAGGGGGCUGUAUAUGUAUGGCAGCACACACUGUAGUGGGAGGAUCUCAUGUUGUUGUCUUGUUGCACAUUUUUCUAAAAAGGGGGGCCAUCUUGGGUUUAGCGAGAAUUCUUAGAUAUUAUACAAAAUUGGGUGUUUUAAUGUAAAUCCAAACAAAGCAAUAUUUAACCUGCUUUUGCAGUUUGCUCUGAAAUGCCAAUCUGGCACACGGUAUACUAAUUUUAUCCUGCUUUAGCUUCAUUCUUCCUGUACAGUGUUUUUGUUGAUAUGAUUUAAAGACUCUGGUAGGUCAAUUCCAUUUGAGCACAAAGAGGUUAAUUUGGGGUGCCAUAGUUUUCAGCAGGGUUGAACAGAAUGAGCCAAUGAUGCACUUGACUUUGGAAAACAGAGGGAUACAUCCCACUAAUCUCUGCUAGGUGUUGCCAUCCCCUUUCACAUUAGAUUACCCAUUUAGAGUUUCAUCUUGGAUUUAUUCAUCUGCUACAGGAUUGAUAGCUGGUUGCCUUCCUUGGUCACAGUAGGAGAUACUUGAUAGCUAGUGUCUAGCUCUUUCCAAAGGCAUCUGACUGAUGAUGGAAAACAUACUGCUGGACUAGAUGGAUCCUUGUUCUGAUCCAGCAGGGUGGUCCUUAUGUCCUUAGUAAAGAACCAAUGGCUGUAGGGCAUGCCUCCAGGCCUCUAGGAUUAUCAGACAAUCCUCAGGACACAAUCCUCUUAAACGUUCCAGACAGCAUUCUAGACUACAACUGGGACCAGCAGCAAACUGUUGCAGGGUUGCCGUUCCCAGUUCCAGUAAGUUAGCCAUGCUCUGCCUCCAGGAUAUUCUAUUCCAUUCUCCUACCUACAAUGGUCAGUUAGCAUUCUGUGACUACCGGGCAUGCUGAGUUCCCAUUGGGCUGUUUUGGGGUGGUGAGGCAGGGUCCCCUACUUAGGAUUCUUCCUAAAUACUUUUUGUGCUUCUGCAAACAUCAGGAGUUUCCCCAAGUCUGCUGACACCUCCCUUUUGUGCACGGGUGCUGCCAUUUUGGGUACAAUGAGCAGUAGCCCUCAUGCCUGAACACUGGAAAUAGAAGGACUGACAUUGCAGUGCUGACUCUCCACCGAAGUUCUGGCUUUCUUAACACAUGGCAUUGUCUUUUCUCUCUGUCCACCCCCUUAAAUCGAUUGCCAGUAUUUCUCCCUACAGUGCUGGUCAUGUUUCCAUCAGUUCCUGCUAUCUCUAUUCUUAAGAACGUCCACCAGGGUCUCAGCAACCAGAAGCAACACACACUAUCGUAUCCUAUCUUGUUUUUUUGUUGUAGCGCUUAAUAGCUCAGCCGGUUAAUCAUGGAUUUGAGUCCCAUUUUGGGGGAAAUAUUCCUGCAUUGCAGAUGUUUAGACUAGAUGACCCUCAUGGUCCCUUCCAGCUCUACAGUUCUAUGCCAAAACUUUAGGAGAGCUGGGAAAAACCACAGUAAUGGCAGUACAGUCAUACUUUGGAUCCUGAACGCCUUGCGAGUUGAACAUUUUAGCUCCCAAACACUGCAAACCCGGAAGUGAGUGUUCCAGUUUGUGAACAUUCUUUGGAACCCGGACGAUCAACAUGGCUUCUAUGGCUUCCGAUUGGCUGCAGGAGCUUCCUGCAGCCAAUUGGAAGCCGCACCUUGGUUUCCGAACAUUUUGGAAGUCGAACGGACUUCUGGAAUGUAUUCCAUUUGACUUCCGAGGUACGACUGUAGUAAAUUUCCCCCCUGCCCUGCCCCAGCCCUGGGAUACAGAUAUCAGCUGAGCAACAUUUCCAAGGAUUUCAGUGAGAAAUCCCUAGUUGACUGGUGUCUAGGGUUUAUGCAAAUCUGACAAUAUAAAUAAAAGUUAUUUAGUACUGGAAAAGAGAAAUCCAGUGAGGGAGAAGCCCCUUGAUUAUGACUACAACUCUCUCAUUAGCAUGUAACAUUUCACCAGAGAGAGUGGUGCAGGGAACACUGACUUUCAACCGAGAUAAAAAUGUGUAGGAUUCUGCCUGCCCCUUCUGCGGAUUCUGAUUAUCCCCAGAAGACAGAUUAGGCAUUGUGUGCAUAGUUGCCAUGGCCGUAGCACAUACAUUAUCUAUGUAGCUUAUUUGGAAUGGAUUUACUGAUGCAGUUAAGCGUAGGUGGGCAAGGUGUCUGGUUACAGUGUCUUAUAUAACUACAUAGUUUACCUGUAUUUGCAUGCACAACUUACGAUCUGAUCCAGAGUGUUUUGUGAUACUCUUGGGUGAAUGAAGCUAUACAAAAGGCAACUGUAUUUUCCUGAAGAUAUCUCAAGGGAAAGCCCCUCAUUGCUCUAAUCUUUAAAACUUAAAAUAAACAGGGAAAGGGUAUGCUUCAUCUGGGUUUAUAGCCUUUUCGUAAUAGUACAAGCUGUUGCUGCUGAUCUGUUGCCAUCGCCAGGGUCCUUCUUGGCCUAACCUUACUGCUGAGAAAUGUUUGUCCAAAUCAUUUAAAGCCUUGCAUAAAAUGGUUAAUCUCAACUGCUCAUCUUUUUUCCCCCUAAAGCAAUAGCUACAUACAUAUUACUCUAGAUUCAGGCCUCAUAGGUUGAUAAAUUAAAGUUCCUUUCCCUGGAACAAGACUUUAAAUCAACAUUACUUUUUUUUUGCAGCCAGAAGAAGAUGAUGACAGCCAAAGUAGUACUGGUGAAUCACCUACAGGUAAUGCAGUGCCCCUAGCCAAAUGAACUUAGUGCCUGGAUUGAAUUUAGAACCGCCAGCAAACAAAGGGAAUUAUCUUUAUUACGCUGAUUGUAAAAAAACACACACCCCAAACCAAACAAUUUUAUCUUACACAACUGUGCUCUAUUAUAGCACAGUUUCUUAGAUCAGACUUUAACAAAAUGUUUAGUGAUUGCUCAAGGUGUCUUUUAAAAGUGAUCCUGUAAGGUGGAGACAUGCAGAAAAUUAAUAUUAUUAUUGAACUUGUUUGUCCAGAUAACUUGCAUGAGGCCCCUGCUCCUGUUUUGUUUUUUUUUACUGGGGAAGUUGGAAGGUUAACCCAUUCUGAUACAACUUUUAUUAGCAGCAUGUCCAGGCCACUUUAUCAGGUAGCAUGGUAGCAUAAUCAGCUCUGUUGGAUUUAGGUAGUCAGAGCUCAGCAGUAGAGCACAUGUGUUGCACACAUGAUGCCUCUGCCAUCUCCAGUUAAUAAGAUCUCACAGAAGUAGUCUGAGAUUUGGGAAGCCACUACCAGUGAGAAUGGACAAUGCCAAUCUCAAUGGGUUAAUGAUCUCAGUAGAGGGCCGCUUUCUGUGUCCGUAUGCUUUCUAUGUUCUCUGUGUAGUGCAUAAGAAAACCAUAGAUAUGCUCAUUUAUUUCAGAAACAGUUUGUGUAGGGUUCCCAUAUGUCUGGGAAACCCCGGACAUGUCCUCUUUUGGGGGGCCAACAUGCCCAUCCGGGCAGAUUUUUACAUUUUAAAGGAAAUGUCUGGGUUUUGAGGGCUUGGGUGGCUCAGUCUGCUCUACACACCGCAGUCACUGCUAGCCUGAGAUGGGGAAAGAGGCGAGGGGGCCACCCCUUUUUGCUCUUCAAGAUAUGGCAACCCUAGUUUCUGAAGCAUAUUAUUUUUCAGAAUUGCAUGUAUUGGCCCAAUUCAGAUGGGUUUGAUAAGCCAUGGCUUUAUUUCCAGAAUGCAGCUCUAUAUCUUGAAGGGAACUCUUAAAUCUCCGUUUCCUGGCUCUGGUGUCUUAAGAACCCAAUAAAGUUUUGUUGAAUCCGCACAGUGGAGGGGAGAGGGGAAGGAGGGUGACUCAUUCCUAGUUUGAUAAACUACAGUUCAUUGAUCAGUACAGCUGAAUGAGGACUUUGAGUUUUAUGUGCCACAAAGCUAAGGAAUAACUCCAGUAUAAUUGUAAUUCUAGCUCUGAAGAAGUCAUGUACAGAAAAUGGCACCUGCUCCUUAUGUUUGUCUCGCCAGCCAACCAUCAGCGACCUGCUCAAUGAUGAGGACUUGCUGUAUAUGAUGAGGAUAAAGUUGGAUCCCGCCCACCCUACAGUGAAAAACUGGAGAAACUUUGCAAGCAAAUGGGGGAUGACCUACGAUGAAUUGUGUUUCCUGGAACAGAAACCACAGAGCCCCACCUUGGAGUUUUUGCUACGGAAUAGUGACAGAACUGUGGAGCAGCUGAUUGAUCUCUGUAAAUUAUAUCAAAGAGUUGAUAUUGAGAAAAUGCUGCUGAAAUGGGUGGAAAAAGAAUGGCCAAAGAGACGGCAUGGAACCUAUCAGAACAACUACUAAAUGAAAGAAAAUGUCCAGUCCACAUUACUUCUAUGGUGGAAAAUUGAGAGAGUAACAUAACUCUGUUCAGUUUGCUAAGUGUGCAUGUGUAGCUUUCCUUUGUUAGUGAAAGGAACCACAUUCAUUUUUGCGACAUAAAAUGUUUACUGUAUCUGUGUACCUAGCCUUUGCAACAACACGGGUGAUCUUUAAAUAUGCAUCAGCUCAAUGCAGCAAAAGAAGAAUGACAACCACAGUACACUAUUUGGGCUGACUGCACAGUUACUUCCUUCAAACAAACUGAACUAUAAUUAAUUCCCAUUUUCACGGAGAGAAUAAUGAAAGUGAAGAAGGCAAAGGGUCUGGACUCCUCUUUAAAGGGCCCAUACCUGUACUGCUGGGGCCUGUUCCUCCCCACCAUAGUUGCCUCAGCCAUAGAGAGAAGAAAGCAGACCAUACCAGAACUGGAAUAUCCUCAUUUAUUUAACCUAGCCCGCUAAUUCCUGUGGGGAUAUAUUUUUGUACUUCUAAAGAUAUAUGUGAACUGUACAGAAGUAAGGCAUGUGCUUCUGAAGAAAGCAGUCUAGGGGCACCCAAGGUUGGCUUCCUUGGGCCCUGACCACUCCAGAGUCCCCUCAUCCUGCCGCUACCCAUCUAGCAGCCCUGAGUGAGCUGGCAGUGAAAGGAGCAAGGAGGAAAUGGACCAGCACUCUCUAAUCCCCUCACCCUUUCCUUAGGGUGUGGAUUAGGCCCAAAGGACAGGACAAAUGGAUGGGCAAUGUCAACAGUAAUAAGAAGGACGUGGUACUACUUGAAGUGCGGUUCCUGAAGGCAUCUAGCUGAGGGUCUCCCAAAACCUGGAGCUGACAGUGGGAGUAUGUAGUCCUCUUUGCCUUAUGUUUGUGUCAAUACAGAUUGAGUUUUACUGCUACAAUUAAAGGACUAUGAGUGGGUGACACAGAAAAUUGUGGCAGCUUCCCUUUGCUGUUGCUUCUGAAAGCUAUGAUCAGCAAUUGCAUUCCCUUGACUUAAGGUUGGUUUCUCUUCCCCGCCCCCAUCUGUAUUCUUGAGUAUUAGAUGUCAUCCAGAUCUUUCAAGUUCUAACCUGCAUAACGAAAAUAAACUCUGAAC